GAGUGGGAAGGGAAGACCAAUGUUCCAAUGGGCUGACGACAGAUAUGCCCUCAUUCGAUUCGCCUGCUCUUGUUUAGGCGCAGUCAAGUUUGAUCGUGUCUGAUUGUUUGCAUUCGGAAGCAUGAUUUGUUCUAUACCGAGUUCGACGAAUUUCGAUUAAUAGCAAGCGCCCGAAAAGCGCAGACGCCAGGACACUAUGAGAGGAGUAGAUGUGCUCAGGCAUCUGAGCCUACAGCGUUUGCGAGGUGGAGCAGCAGCUGUGACUUCGUCGUCGUCCUCGAUCCCCACAAUGAAUUCUGCUAUGGCUCGGUUCUCUUCCACCGUGGUGCCCGCAAAUGUUUCCUCUCCCGAAGAAGAGAUUUUGGUAGAAGAACGGUAUUGCACCAAGGUAGCAAUUCUGAAUCGACCCGGAAAAUUAAAUGCACUCAACACAACAAUGGUGACUCGAUUAAAAGAGCUUUAUACGAGGUGGGAGAAAGACCACUUUGUGCAUCUGGUUAUCAUCAAAGGAAAUGGCAGAGGUUUCUGUGCUGGAGGAGAUGUAGCCCAGGUAUAUCACUUAGGGAAGGCAGGAAAGAAGGAUGAGGCAUUUGAGUUCUUCAGACAGGAGUAUCUGUUGAAUUACUUGCUUGGUACCUACAAGAAACCCCACGUUGCCUUUCUGAACGGGGUAGUUAUGGGAGGUGGUACUGGGAUUUCAGUCCAUGGAUCUUUCCGUGUUGCGACAGAGAAUUCUAAGUUUGCCAUGCCGGAGACCGCGAUUGGACUUCAUCCCGAUGUAGGUGCUUCAUACUACCUCUCACGGCUGCCGGGCCAUUUAGGAGAGUUCUUGGGUCUUACUGGGACCCGGCUUGAUGGCGCUGACAUGGUUGCUUGCAAUUUGGCUACACAUUUCGUACCCUCGCAUCGGCUAGGCAUGCUCGAAGAACGUCUUGGCUCUCUAAACACCCUAGACCGAGCGGUUAUCAGCAAGGCUAUUGACGAGUUUUGCGAUAUUGUGCAUCUCAACGAGAACAGUCCAUUGCACAGACGGCAAGAAAUCGACAGCUGCUUCGGAAGAAGUUCCAUGGAAGAGAUCAUUCGUACGAUUGAGGCCGGAGUUCAAAGCGGAAAUCCUUGGUUCCAAGAAACUCUUGCUAAGUUGAAGAAGUCAUCUCCAUUGAGCUUGAAAAUCACCCUCAGAUCGGUCAGAGAAGGUAGGAAGCAGCAUUUGUUUCAGUGUUUGCAGCGGGAGUUCAGACUAAGUCUUCAUGCAAUCGAAGGCAAAUUCAGCAACGACUUUGCGGAAGGGUGCAGAGCUGUAUUGGUUGACAAGGAUAAUGCACCAAAGUGGAAUCCGGCAACCUUAGAGCAGGUCACGACGGAACUUGUAGACUACCACUUCUCUCCUGUUGCAGGAGACCUUGGUGAAGAAUUGGAAUUGAGUGUCGAGGCACGGGAGCCAAACUUGAACCGGUCUACCUAUGCACGUCUUUAAAAUAUCAUAUGAAUUUCUUAAAGUUACAUCAGUCACCCAUCAACAAUGAGUGGUCUGUCAAGUAGGCUAAACCUAUGCUUGGUGACAUACAUUAUGCUCGGUAUGUGCUUAGGGGGCUAACAAAUGUUACUGCAUACUCUAGCUCCUCGAGAUGAGUCAAAUGGGUUUCCUAUGUCUUAAAGGCCCCUCCAUUUCUAUGCGGUGACUUGCUCUUCAGAGCGAGGAGGGAAAGGACUGCCUUCAAAGCUUCAGCCCUUCGGGUCACUCCACAAAGUCAGCGUUUGUACUUUUAGGUACAUCACACAAGAACCAUAGUGAUAGAGUGAAGGUUACAGGGACAGAUGCGCUGGUGCAGUGCUAAAUUGACAAAUUAUGAUAGCUUUUCUACCUCUGUUGGUCGGUGAGCAAUAGCUCGUCAUCAUUCGCUGAAUAUUUCAAAAUAUGUUGGUGAGUAAAUUUAUGUAUCAAAUGUAAA